AGCGCUGGGGCCGGGCCGCCACUUCCUGCGGGCUGCGUUUCACCGAAACCGCCUCCAAGCGCCCACCUCCGGGGCUCGGAUCGGCGCCGCCAGGUUUUCUGUCUGAUUCCACGCGUACGAUUUCAACAUGCCUGAAAAUCCUGCAGCAGACAAGCAGCAGGUGCUGCAGAUCCUGGAUCGUCUACAAAUGAAACUACGUGAAAAAGGAGACACUUCACAGAGUGAAAAAUUGACUAUUUUGCAUAACACACUCAGGAGCCCCCUCUUUAACCAGAUACUGACUCUUCAGCAGUCCAUCAAGCAACUGAAGGAACAGCUCAAUUACAUGCCUUCAGACCGUUCAGUAGACUUUGACUUUACUAGGAAGGGGGUACUAGUGUUUGCCGAUAAAUCAGUUGCUAAUGGAAACUUGUCAAAAUCAGCGAUACCUAGAUUACCUCUUCUAGUUCCAGAUUUAGAAGUUAAUGAAUUUAAUGCAAUCAUCCAGCAGAUGGCAAAGGGCCGACAAACAGAGUAUAUAAAUAUAGAAAAACCAUCUAUUGGUGGUCUUGGAUUUAGUGUGGUUGCUGUUAAAAAUCAAAACUUGGGAGAAGUUGGUAUCUUUGUUAAGGAAGUCCAGCCAGGAAGUGUAGCUGACAGGGAUCAAAGAUUAAAAGAAAAUGACCACAUACUGGCCAUUAAUCACACCCCUUUGGAUCAGAACAUUUCCCAUCAGCAGGCGAUUGCGCUGCUCCAACAGUCCACAGGAUCUUUACAUCUGGUGGUUGCCAGGGAGCCGGUCCAAAGAAAUAGCAGAACCUCUACUGUCUUAAGUGACAUAAAUCCACCAGAGACUAUUCACUGGGGCAGUGUUGAAGAUGUCGAGCUGAUUAAUGAUGGCUCAGGAUUGGGUUUUGGAAUUGUGGGAGGAAAAUCAAAUGGUGUAGUUGUAAGGACUAUUGUUCCUGGAGGAUUAGCAGAUCGGGAUGGGCGACUCAGAACAGGAGAUCACAUCCUACAGAUUGGAGGAACCAAUGUACAAGGAAUGACCAGUGAACAAGUUGCUCAAGUGUUGAGAAACUGUGGGAAUUCUGUAAGGAUGAUGGUGGUUGCAAGAGAUCCAGUAUGUGAAGUUACUGUGACUCCACCAACUCCUGUGAGCUUGCCUGUUGGUGCAUUGCCCUCAUUUCAGAGCAGAGGCGAUAAUACCACCCUUUUUGACACCUAUGAUGUGGAGCUUAUAAAAAAGAAUGGACAAAGCUUGGGUAUAACUAUUGUUGGAUAUGCUGGAACAGCUGAUCUUGAUUCCUCUGGGAUUUUUGUGAAAAAUAUAAUACCUGGCAGUGCUGCAGAUCACAGUGGAUGUAUACAAGUGCAUGACAAAAUUGUUGCUGUUGAUGGAAUUAACAUUCAAGAUUAUACCAACCAACAAGUGGUGGAAGCAUUGCGUAAUACAGGGCAGGUUGUACGCCUUACGUUGCUUCGAAGGAAAACUCCUUCUGCUUCUUCCUUGACGGGAAGAUCUUUAGAUACAGUGCAACCAAAUAUGCCAGCCUUAAUAUUGUCUGGAGCUGUAGAGACUGAAACUAAGUUGGAUAGUGAUAAUGAGGAAGAUCAAGAGCAGAAAGAUAACUUUGAAAAUGAAAAGCAAAGUCUGCAUAAAAUAGGAAGAAUCCCAGACACUUCAGAAAAUGAGUUGAAAUCCAAGUGGGAAAAACUGUUGGGACCUGAUUAUGAAGUCAUGGUCGUCAGUGUGGACAUGCCAAUUACUGAUGAUGCUGAGCUCCAGAAGUAUUCAAAGCUAUUGCCUAUCCACACUUUAAGAUUGGGAGUUGAACUUGAUACAUUCGAUGGACAUCAUUACAUAUCAUCAAUUGCUUCAGAUGGUCCAAUUGCUAUGCUUGGCCUCCUCCAGCUGGAAGAUGAACUUCUAGAGGUAAAUGGAGUCCAGCUUUAUGGAAAAUCCCGCCGCGAGGCAGUUUCUUUUCUUAAAGAAGUGCCUCCUCCAUUCACUCUGGUUUGUUGUCGGCGCCUUUUUGAUGAUGGCAAUGAGUCUUUUGUGGAUGAGCUCAGCACCAUUGAGGUUUCAUCUCCAGAGCCAAAGAUGAUACCUGAAGUAAACCUUAAUCCCGAGGAGGAGGAAGAUGGAGAAUUAGCAUUAUGGUCUCCUGAUGUGAAAGUCAUUGAGCUGGAGAAACACAGUAAUGGCUUAGGAUUCAGCAUUUUAGAUUAUCAGGAUCCCUUAGAUCCAACACGAACCGCCAUUGUGAUCAGCUCUCUGGUAGCGGGUGGUGUAGCUGAACGUGGGGGUGAAUUGCUACCAGGAGACCGCCUGGUUUUUGUAAAUGAGAAAUAUUUGGACAACAGUACGCUAGCAGAGGCAGUAGAAGUGUUGAAAUCUGUGCCCCUGGGUAUGGUUCGCCUUGGCAUCUGCAAACCUUUGAUGGAAGAGAGCAAUGAAAAACAGAACACUUGCACUAUGGAUCCCAGCACUGUCAAAGGCAGCUAUGGCUCACCAGCACCCAGGGAUGAUUUUCAUUCAUCAGUAAUACUUGAGGCACCACAGGGUUUUAGAGAUGAAACACCCUUUAAAGAAGAAGUUGUUGAUGAACCAGUUCUGGAUUUGAGGAGGUCCUUUCAGCUACCUCAGAAUGAAUUGGACAGUGAGAGAGAAUCCUGGGAAAUGCAUGAAUUUCUGAAGCCUGUAAUAGAAGAAACUGGUGAAGAACAGGAAAUGUUAGUGGAUGAUGAGUAUGAUGAGGACUUGAACAUUUUUAGGUACAACUCAUCGUAUGUAAAGGAAACAACUCUACCUAUAGAGGAGAAACUCAGCCCUACAGGACAGUGGGUAAAGCUACUUGAGCCAACUGAAAUACAAGAAUUAAGAUCCACACUUACCACAAGUGCUAAUCAGACCCCACAGUAUCCAUAUGAUGAUGAGCAAAUGUAUGAAGAAAAUCUCAGUAGACAUUCACUGUCUUCUGGAGGCGCAGCGGAAAGCAGCAGUCCAAAAGGCACGUUUGAUAUUGAAAUGACCAAGUCAGUAACAAAAGGGCUUCAUAAUGACUCAAAAAGAGCUGGGUUAAUUGAAGAGUUUGAAGCUGCUGACAGGGAUGAGGUGAAGGUGGAGAGUUAUACUCUUACCAGGAACCAGGAACAUGGGAAAGCUGCCAUUGCUGCUCAGCUUAGAGCAGUGUUGUCCAGUGAAUUACCUGAGCGAGAAGAAGGAGAAGGAGAAGAAACCCCAAAUUUCAGUCACUGGGGACCAGCCCGAAUUGUUGAAAUCUGUAGAGAUCCUCAUGUGUCUCUUGGAAUCAGUAUUGUUGGUGGUCAAACCGUCAUAAAGCGUCUAAAGAAUGGUGAGGAACUUAAAGGCAUCUUUAUCAAACAAGUCCUGGAAGACAGUCCAGCUGGAAGAACAAAGGCCCUUAAAACAGGAGAUAAAAUACUUGAGGUGUCGGGAGUAGAUUUACAAAAUGCCACGCAUGAGGAAGCAGUUGAAGCUAUCAAGAAUUCUGGGAAUCCUGUUGUUUUUGUUGUUCAGAGUUUGUGUAGCACUCCAAGAAUGGUUUCUUCAGUGCAACCUCAGAAAAAUAAAGUCCACAAAGACCAGGAACCAGAAGGGGAAAGCCAGAAUGAAAAGAGAAAUUGUGGGGCACCACCACCAAUGAAAUUGCCACCUCCAUAUCAAGUACCCAAAACAUUCCAAGCAGAGGAGGAGGAUGUGGAUGAGGAAGAGGACGAUGCUUUUACAGAGCAGAAAAUCAGGCAAAGAUAUGCUGAUCUGCCAGGAGAAUUGCACAUUAUCGAGCUUGAAAAAGAUAAGAAUGGGCUUGGACUCAGCCUUGCUGGUAACAAGGACAGGUCUCGUAUGAGCAUCUUUGUGGUUGGCAUCAAUCCCAGUGGCCCAGCAGGGAGAGAUGGAAGAAUGCAUAUUGGUGAUGAACUUUUAGAGAUAAACAAUCAGAUAUUGUAUGGAAGAAGCCAUCAGAAUGCCUCUGCAAUAAUUAAGACCUCCCCAUCAAAGGUCAAGUUGGUUUUCAUUCGAAAUGAAGAUGCACUCAACCAGAUGGCUGUUACUCCUUUCCCAUUACAAUCCAGCUCCCAAUCUUCUUUUGAGGAUCACAGUGGCACUGAACCUGCAAGCAGUGAGGAAGAUACCAGCUCGGAAGUUGUCGUGAAAAGCUUGGCUGAAGAUAAAUGCAUCAAAGUAGAUGUCAAAAACAAGGCUGACAAACAGCUGUUGAUGGUGGAUGAACAGGAGAUAGAAGAACAGCUUCCAGGAAAUUUAAAACAAUCCAGGACUUCAGUAAAAGUGCCUAUUGGUUUACAUGAGAUAUCUCUGGUGCCAGCGCCUAUUUAUCUUCCUCCAGAAACGGAGCUCACCAGCCGAAGGAACCUGCCUCCUCCAUUGCCAGUGGAUCCAGCAACAUGUCCCAUUGUUCCCGGGCAGGAGAUGACUAUAGAGAUAUCCAAGGGGCGAUCAGGCCUUGGUCUCAGCAUUGUGGGAGGAAAAGAUACUCCACUUGAUGCUAUAGUUAUUCACGAAGUUUAUGAAGAAGGCGCAGCAGCUAGAGAUGGCCGACUUUGGGCUGGUGAUCAAAUUCUUGAGGUGAAUGGAAUUGAUUUGAGGAAUGCUAGUCAUGAAGAAGCUAUCACAGCCUUGAGACAGACGCCUCAGAAGGUACAACUGGUGGUUUAUAGGGAUGAAGCUCAGUAUAAGGACGAAGAGAAUUUGGAGAUUUUCUAUAUAGAUCUACAAAAGAAAACCGGGCGAGGACUAGGCUUAAGCAUUGUUGGAAAAAGAAAUGGAAGUGGAGUGUUUAUCUCUGACAUUGUUAAAGGAGGCGCUGCAGACCUUGAUGGGAGAUUAAUUCAAGGAGAUCAGAUCUUAUCUGUUAAUGGAGAGGAUAUGAGAAAUGCCUCACAAGAGAUAGUUGCUACUAUACUCAAGUGUGCCCAAGGGCUGGUGCAUCUAGAGAUUGGAAGACUGAGAGCUGGUUCUUGGAUAUCAUCGCGAAAAACAGCACAAAGCAAUCAGGUGAACCAGCAGAGCGUAUAUAGCCACUUUCAUCCUGCACUUGCUCCAGUCAUCUCCACCUUGCAGAAUUUUGUGAGCACCAAGAGGUCGUCAUCAGAUGCUUCUCAGAGAAAUUCAGGAGCAGAUAUGGGCCCAAGGACUGUAGAGAUAACAAGGGGACCAAAUGAUGCCCUUGGUAUCAGUAUAGCAGGAGGAAAGGGAAGCCCUUUAGGAGAUACACCAAUCUUUAUUGCCAUGAUUCAAGCAAGUGGAGUAGCAGCACGUACACAAAAGCUCAAAGUUGGAGAUCGGAUUGUAAGUAUUAAUGGGCAACCUUUGGAUGGGCUGUCUCACGCAGAUGCUGUUAAUCUACUAAAGAAUGCUUACGGGAGCAUUAUCCUGCAGGUUGUAGCAGAUACGAAUAUCAGUGCCAUAGCCAGUCAGCUGGAGAGUAUGUCUGCUGGAUGUAACCUUAACACCCCUUCUGACCACCACUCAGAAGAUUCAGAGGAGCAGCUGCAGAUGAUGGCAGAUUGAAGCGUGGCGA